UUUCUCCUGUGUUUUGGACGCUGAGGCGAAAUCUCCGGAAUGUUAGCACCACGCAUGCGCUGUGACGUAUAUCCGUAGAAGAAGAGAGGAGCGGAAGUAGCCCGCCGCGUCGCAGUCCUUCAAAACAACCGAGUAAGUUUCUGAAUUACUACUUUAUGCACAAUGCCUCUGUCCACCCAGUCUCAAGCUGACGAUGAAAAAUACGUUUUGGUUGCGAGUUUGGAUAACGCCCGCAAUCUCUCCAACAUACUGAAAGCCAUCACCUUCAAGGACCAUGCCAUCUUCAACGCUACACCCAACGGCCUGAAGGUCACUGUGGAGGACUCCAAGUGUCUGCAAGCCAAUGCGUUCAUCCAGGCUGAGAUCUUCCAAGAAUACACCAUAAAAGAAGAUGUGGUGGGUUUUCAGGUCAAUCUCACUGUUCUGCUGGACUGCCUCAGUAUCUUUGGAGGAAGCACUUUACCAGGAGUAUCAACCGCCUUACGAAUGUGCUACAGAGGCUACGGUUACCCUCUGACCUUGUUCCUGGAGGAGGGUGGCGUGGUGACUGUUUGCAAGAUCAACACACAAGAACCAGAAGAGCCAAUUGACUUUGAAUUCUGCAGCUCCAAUGUCAUAAACAAGGUGAUCCUGCAGUCGGAGAGUCUGAAAGAACCCUUCUCUGAACUGGAUAUGAGCAGCGAGGUGCUACAGAUCACCAUGUCCCCGAGCCAGCCGUACUUUAGGUUGUCUACUUUUGGAAACUCUGGAAACGCCCAUUAUGAUUUCCCCAAGGACUCAGACAUGAUGGAGCUGUUUCGUUGCACAAAGACUCAAACCAACAGGUACAAGAUGUCCCUGAUGAAGCCGUCAACCAAAGCUCUGGCUUUGUCCUGUAAAGUCUCGGUGAGGACGGACAGCAGGGGCUUCCUCUCUCUGCAGUACCUGGUCCGGAACGAUGAUGGACAGAUCUGCUUUGUAGAAUAUUAUUGCUGUCCUGAUGAGGAGGUGGAGUGAUUACAGUGCGUCCAUUAAUCCGUGUUUUAAAUAAGCACUUAAACAUCAGUAUAGGCCUUCACUGAGGACAAGAGGAUUAACUCCGCAGCCACUGGUUGCACACAGGGGAAGUAAAUGCAGGGCGACAAGAUGGAUAAUGGACAGUGAGGAAGAUUGUUUUAACAAAAUCUGCUGGUUCAUCAUUUUCCAAACACUCACAGUUGAGUGUGACAUUGCUACUGGACGUGUGGUGAGAUGUUGCCUACCUGCUCUUGUUUUGCAACUGUCUGUAGUGACUUCACUACAUGGAAGUUCAUAAUUGUAUGCAGUUAAUGUAUGGGGUGUUGUUACUAUGGAGACCAAGCUAUUUCAAGUCAGAAGUCUCAAUGUGUGAACACUGUAACUUCGUGAGUCUACAUGGCUUGUUGUCCAACUGAGGCCAUGAGUUACUUUGCCCUUCUAGUGCCCAUAAUGUUGAAGCUGACAUUUUUCAUGACAUUGUAAGGAGUAGACAUCAGAUGAUACGGAGACUAAGUUUGAAAACGUUUUAUUUCUAGUACACAGAAAACAACUGUAGAUAAAAUCAAUAAACAUUAUUUUUUUACAAUGAUAGAAAAUUUUCUUUUAAUCAUUGUUGUGGAAAUGUUGGCAGUAUUGCAAAAGAUGGGAGACUUUUGUAACCAACUACAAUCUGCACAAUCUUCUUGUGAUUGAUAAGCGAGCAAAAUAUGUAUUGUACGAAAUCAUAAUAUGGUAACAAACGCUGAACACGUGCAUUAUUAAAGAUCUUUUCCAGGAC